AUGUCUCACUCCGCCGCGGUCCAACUCGAACCCAAAGCACCGCUCACGGUGCAAGACGUCACCACUGAGCAGCCCGGCCCCCAUGAGAUUCUCAUCAAGAACGAGCUCAUCGCCCUCAACCCCCUCGACGCCAAGAUUGCAAAGCUCGCCAUCUUCCCCGUCCCGUACCCGGCCAUCCACGGCUCGUCAUACGGAGGCACCGUGGCGGCCGUCGGCUCCGACGUCACCAGUUUCAAAGUCGGCGACAAGGUAGCGGCCGUCAAGACGGGCGGAGCAACCGGAAACAAGUACAGCGCCUUCCAGAAGCACGUCGUGGCUCUCGACGUCACCGCAAUCAAGGUACCCAGCAGCAUCAACCUCCACACUCCCGUCGGUCUGUUGGGCAACUUCACCACCAUUGUCGGCCUGUUCAACGAGCACCUGGGCCUGGAGAAGCCCGAUCCCGUCGGCAAGCUGCCUUCCAAGGGCAAGAAGAUCUUGAUCUACGGCGGCACGUCGAGCUUUGGAAGUUUUGCGACGCAGUACGCGAUCCAGUCCGGAUUCGACGUCGUCACCACGACGUCGCCGCGACACAAGGACUUCGUUGCCAAGUUGGGUGCCGUUCACGUCGUCGAUCACACUCAAUCCCCCGAUGCGGUCGUCAAGGAAUUGGUUGCUCAGGGACCGUACGAAUAUGUGCUAGACUCCAUCUCACUCAAGCCUACGUUCGAGAUCACCACCGCAGUCGUGGCUGCGCAAGGUGGAGGUACUGUGUACGGAUUGUUGCCUCUUCCCGAGGGGGCGGACUCCCCCAAGGGUGUGGCUGUCAAAUUCGCCGGUUGGUCUGCGCCGCUUGCUGAGAAGAAGAAUGCGGAGCUGUUGGCCUGGUCGUUUGGUACCUACUUUACUCAGGCCAUCGCUGCGGAUAAGAUUAUUGGAUUGCCAUCUCAGACGAUUGAUGGCGGACUGGGUGGUCUGAACAAGGCCGUCGACGUGUUGUUCAAGGGAGUCAGUGGGUCGAAGGUCGUCGUGGAGCCCUGA